UGCUGUUUGUGCCUUUGCACUUCCCGUACGCAGUCAAAAAACAUUUUUUGAAACAUUCGCGGGCGCGAAGACCUCUGACAUCAACAAAGACAGACAACUUGAGCUAAGAAUGGACCCAGUCAAAGUCACCUCGAGCCCCUUUGACGCCGAUUCCUUCAAGACUCCGCGAAAACCAGACAGGGUGCGGAAUCUGACCCAAAAAGGUAUCGUUGGGACUCCGUGCACUCCAAUCACCAUCCCCGCCUCGCCCUUCAUGAAAAAACUUGGAUGUGGCACCGGCGUGAAUGUCUACCUUUUUGACAGGGUGGGGAAGCUGAAUCUGUCCCCCUGGGCAGUUAAGAAGAUCAACAACAGGUGUGCUUCCAGGCAGAUUGACGUGUACCAGAGUAGACUGUUUGAUGAGGCCAAGAUCCUAAAGGACCUGAAGCACCCAAACAUCGUUGGGUUCCGAGCCUUCACCACAGCGACGGAUGGCUCCAAGUGUCUGGCCAUGGAGUACGGGGGAGAGCAGUCCCUCAACGACCUGAUAGAAAGGAGGAAAGAGGAGGGUCUCCAAGCAUUCCCCGUCUGCGACAUCGAGAAGGUGGCCCUGCACGUUGCCCGAGGACUGCAGUACCUUCACAACGAGAAAAGGCUCCUGCAUGGAGACAUCAAGUCCUGCAACGUGGUUGUCAAGGGCGACUUCGACACCGUCAAGAUCUGUGAUGUGGGCGUGUCCCUCCAGCUGGAUGAGAACAUGAAAGUGGCCGACCCCAAGGCAACGUACGUGGGCACGGAGCCCUGGAAGCCCAUGGAGGCGUUGGAGGAGGAAGGGGAGAUCACGGACAAGGCCGACAUCUUCGCCUACGGCCUGACCCUGUGGGAGAUGAUGACCCUGGAUAUGCCUCACCUGGACAUGCUGGGCAAUGACGAGGGCAAAGAUGAUGAUGACUCGAUGGAUGAAGAGGACUUUGACGAGGAUGCCUACUACGAGAAACUGGGCACCAGGCCUGCUCUGGACUCAGCCGGCCUGGGUGGAGCUUACCAGAGGAUGGUGGAGCUCUUCUGCCUCUGCACGGAGGUGGACGCCAAGAAACGCCCGUCCUCCGCCCAGAUUGUCCAUGCGCUCGAAUCGAAUACAUCAGUCUGUAACAAGAACAGUGAGGUCAUCGUGAUAGACUGAGCUGUUGGUCGUUAGGGGCAGUGUUACAGAACUAGAUCCCAGCUUGCCCUAAAUACGUCAUUGUGAAGCCAUACUGUAGUCCCUGUAUUAUCUGUCGUAUUUUGUCAAAGUCAUUCGUUUGUUGUAUUAAAUGUCUCAUAUUUUUGUUUUGUCUUAAUGCGAUAGUUCACCCCCAAAAUCUAAAAUAUUUAUUUUCCUUUUUACCUGUAGUGCCAUUUAUCUAUCUUUAUUGUUUGGAAAUAUUUGCCCUAGAGAUGUCUGGCUUGCAUAUAUAGCCCAAUCUAGUUCCAUUUGAGAGAUUAAAGGCAGGGUUGGUAUUGUUGAGAAACACUGUCAUAUUUGCUUAAAUAUACUUCACAUCCUGAUAGCAACCAAUAAAUCUAAGGGUUGGACAGUAAAAUAAAAUCAUUCUAAUAAACACGACCAAUCAUCAAGGUCAGACCGGCACUAAUGAUUGGACGGGCUCCUUGUCUGUCUCCCAGCAGUAGUCAGGCAGCGGAGGGGGGGUGGGUUUGGUUUGAGACCUAAGGUAAAAUUACUAGGUUCACCAAACUCGCCUACCCUGCCUUUAAUAUAACAUUUCUAUAUCAGACCCGGCAACUCACACCAAAACAAAGUAGAUGGCAAUACAAGAGGAAAAAGAUAUUUUUGAUUUUGGGAUGAGCUUUCCCUAUGUCAACGUCUUUUAGAAACCUAUACAUGUUGUAAAUAGUGCUGUGUGUGGAAUAUUCCUGCUUUCCUUUUUCAGUCCUCUGUAUACUUUAAAGAUCUGAUAUUUACAUUUAUGCAUUUAGCAGACGCUUUGAAAUGCUUGAUAUAAAAUAGGGUUUGAAAAGCC